CCAAGUGGCUUUUGUGUUUGGAAAGUGCGCUUCACGUAAACUGAUUUCUGCCACUUCGAACGGGAGCAUUUCUUUUCCAGAUCGCAGUUCUGCUGCAGAGUUUUAAUAGUAAUUUUUGUUUCGUUUUAAGUUUUUUUGCUUAUCUGACUUUCUCCGAAGUACGGUUCGUAAUAAUACUUUGCGACUGAACCUCAUUUAUAAACACAGCUGUUUAACGGUUAUAGUUGCGUUUUUCCACUGAUAACUAUAGUAUAUAUUACUUGUUUCUUUUUUUUUUUGGCGUUGAUCUGGAUUUAUUUUAGAUCUUCUGUGUGCUUUUUUGAGCAUUCAUUGUCUCGUUAUGAACGAGACUUGAAUGGUUUGACAGCGAAAGCCUCUCAUAGGGAAAGAUCCCACUGUUAUCCCUGUUGACGGACCGAAAUCCGAAUUCAAUGAUGAUGAACAAGAAUGGAAUGGUGUCUAAAAUCCAGACACGAAUAAGGACUGAGCCUUUCAAGAACUAUUAUGAUCUGGUCGGAAGAGAACUGGGCAGGGGCAAGUUCGCAGUGGUGAAGAAGUGUGUAGAGAAGUCUACGGGAAAGGAGCAUGCGGCAAAGUUCCUGCGGAAGAGGCGGAAGGGGCAGGACUGUCGUAUGGACAUCAUCAACGAGAUCGCCGUGCUCGAGUCCGCUGCAGCUAACCCGUUUGUAGUGUCCCUGCAUGAGGUGUUUGAGACCACUUCGGAGAUUGUCCUGCUGCUCGAAUGUGCUGCAGGUGGGGAGAUCUUCAGCCAGUGCGUGGGGGAGAGCGAUGACGCAUUCACGGAGAAGGAUGUCAUCCGGCUGGCCAGGCAGAUCCUGACGGGCGUGGCUGGGCUUCACCUCGGCAAUGUCGUCCACUUGGACCUGAAGCCUCAGAACAUUUUGCUGACCAGCUCCUGUCCAUUGGGCGAUAUCCGCAUAGUGGACUUUGGUCUUUCCCGGCACGUGGACAGCGCAGAUGUGCGGGAGAUUUUGGGUACCCCGGAAUAUGUGGCUCCAGAAAUCUUGAACUACGAACCAAUCAGUACAGCGACUGAUAUGUGGAGCAUCGGUGUCCUGACCUAUGUCAUGCUGACGGGUGUGUCCCCUUUCCUGGGCGACGAAAAGCAGGAAACCUUCCUCAACAUCUCUCAGGUCAACGUGGAAUAUCCUGCGGACAUUUUCCAGGGUAUUUCCUCCCUAGCCGUGGACUUCAUCAAGAGCUUACUCAUCAAGGACCCCAGGCAACGGGCCACCGCUGAGGACUGCCUGAAGCACCCGUGGCUCGACGGCCACUCAGGCCCUCUGCUACACCUACGCACCGACCUGCUGUCCGAGAACAGCCAGUCCGAGUCGGACCCGGAGAGCCCCAUGCCCUCGCCGGAGCUGGUCAUAGUGGCCUCCUACACCACGUGUUCGGGCCAAAGCGAGAGGAAGGUGGCGAGGGGCCCGUUCCCCUUCGACGAGCCCUUCCCCACCCGCUCCGAGAUCAAGCAGGAGCUGAUCUGUUGAGCCGUUGGCGGGGAUGAGCAGACUCGGAGAACCUCGUGGAGAGGCCCCUUUGGGGCUGAUCUGAAGCACUUUGAGAAGCUGUAUGUGUGUCUGUGAGCCCAGCAUUUGGACGACGUCGGAAUGUUGGGGCUGCAGACGUCCGCCGUCUGUCCCUACACCACCAUCCAUGUACCCUCAAUCCUGGAACUUCUAACCAAAGCUCACUUGUGUAACCCUACCCCCCAACUCUCAUUAUUUCCAUUAAAACCUUUCCUAUCCUCACACGACUAAGCAGAUGUUCAAGGAAAGGCUGCUUCCUUUACCGGGAAAGUUCCUCAUCCCCAGGGCUAGAGAGACCCGGCAAGCCCAUGAGAAUCUCUGUGCUUUGAAAAACCUCAUUGUCUCGCUCGCAGCUAAACAUCUAAGGAAUGUCUGAAGUAGCCUCCCAGCUGUUUCUCUGGACCUGUCUGGCUGGUCGCAGGCCUUGCGGACAUUCCGACUCCUGCUGAUGAGCUGGAGAGGUCCGGCGUUCCCUAAAAUCCCAUCACUGAGGCACAAUCUUCAUGGAUACUGACAUUUUGUCAAAUGACUUUACUAGCCUUUGUGGUUGACUCUUGAAUACUCUUUGAAUAUAUAUAUAUUUUUUUUUUUCUUCAAGCCUCUCCUAAGACUGAGGGACUUUUAAGCACUUUUUGUCGCCCGUUGGACAGAUGUCGAGGCACUGCCGAAGGUCUAACUGUGGAUUGAACAUGCACAAGUCUGGUUAAUUCGCUUGUAUGUGAUCACUGUCUGAACUUAUUUUCAGUGACGUCCCACCAAACGCCGAAUACACAUUUUCAUUUAUAUGUUGAACAAGCCUAGAUUUUCCGCUUCAUGUUGCACUUUUUACCCGUUUUUCCUCCUGAAUAUCUUUGUUCUGAUUCGUUCUCACUUUUUUUUUUUUUUUUUUUUGUUUUCUCCUAAAAGCUACAUCAACUGAUCCUAUGUAGUAGAUGUAUUUUGGGCAGAAUAUCUCUGAAAUCAAGCUGCAUCUCACAAACACAGGGCAGAGAACUGACCCUUUGAAACUUUUGAAGGUCUGUUUGGGGAGUUAAAUGGUGUCACCUGUUCGAAUUCCUGUUUAAUGGGUGAUGUUUUGUCGUAACUUUUUGUU